AUGGCGGACGAUCCGAAUCGAGACAUUUUGCCUGUGAAAGAGGGUUCUUCUGCAGAAACCUUUCGUAGUAGUAUAGAUCCCAGAGAACGACAUAUCGUAUUUAAACUUGAUCGUUACCAGUUGGAGGAUAAAUAUCUGCGAUUGCUCGAAGAGGCAAACAACUUAAAGAAACUGACAAAUUGUCAGGAGGAUAAGAUUAAACGAUUAGCGACAAAGCUGAUGAGAGUAACUGCUAAUCCAAGGACAUGCGCGGUUGCUCUAGACGUUUAUGAGGAUAAAAAUAAAAUAAUAGCUCUUGAGCUCGAGAAUUGUAAGCUGAAAGAUAAAAUCUCUGUGCUGAGAAAUCAACUGCUGAGUCACACGAUAGCCGGUAGAUCGUCAUCAAGAAGUCGUAAUCCUCAAGCGAGGCCGUCGUCCGGGCGCAUAACGUGUCGAAGCGAAAGCAGCCGCACCAAGAUACCGUCUUGUCACUGCAUCAGCGAGACGGACGGCAAUGUGCGAAAUUAUCUCGAUAAAAUCGAGGAAUUGGAGUCGCAGAAAAAGGAAAUGUUUAAUCGGAUAUCUCAAUUGGAGAAAGAACUGUCAUCUCACACAGCUAUCAACCAGAGGGAGAAGGUAGCCGAGAACAUUGAGUACAUAAAGGUCUGGCGACAAAUGAAGCAACUGAAUGAUAAACUAAUAGCCACCGAGAAUGAGAACGAGUCGUUGAAUGUGCAAAUCAACGAUCUGAAGAGGAUGCUCGAGGAGAAGACGAAGAACAACGAAACAAUCACGACGGAACUUCUGACGGAAAAGAAACGGGUAGUGGACAUCGACGAACAGAUGUUAAAAGCGAAAGAUUCUCAACUCUCGUUACGGGAAAAGGAUGAACGGAUAAAGGAUCUAAUGAGCGAAAUGAAGAUACUGCAGCAACACAAUAACGAGCUUCUCGAACUCAGUGUGAAAUAUGGAGAAGUGGAAUUAGAGAAUAAGGAAUUGAAGAAAAAGGUGACCAAGCAGCUGCAAGAUCAAGAAACUUUGAAAACCGCUUUUAAUACCGAACAGGCUAAUAUCAUGGCGCUGCAAGCCUCGAAUGAACAGUUGCUGGGGAAACUUGAAGAACUGCAGAAGAACAUAGACGGUUUAACGGUACAGUUAACGUCUUUCGAAACGCAGACGGAGAAACAGGAAACGUCGAAGGCAACGCAGAUAUCGACGAAACAGGCCGACACGAAGAUACCAAUAACGGCUGACAAGCAUGAAUUGUACAAUGAUACUGCUACUCAAGUGGAGAUGACUAACAAACGUUGCGAAAUAUUCGAAAAUAUGACCGAACAAAAUGUCUCUACUAAAACGGAUCAAUGCAAAAAAUGUUGUGUAUCCUUGUCUUUGGAAAAUGUCACACAUGCAAAACGAAACACCGCUGAAUUGAUAGAUAGAUCAAUGCAAACAGAGCAGGAAGCCAAAGUAGACACCGUAGAAACGGAGGAUCGAAAAAUUAUGACACCUGUUAAGGAAAAAUCGAGGAACGAAGAAUCACAAAUUAUAACGCAAAAUGUAGGAUCUACCAUGGUUACAGAGAAUUAUUUGACUCCAGAGAAGAUGUUGAAGCUUCUGGAACAAGCACAAAUAAAUCCACCUGUGAACGCUACGAAGUUUACUCAGAAAAACAUGGUUAGCGUCGAUUACAAUGGCAUUAUGGAUCAAAAUCAGAGGCACAGUAUGUUCAAUUAUCAAUUCGCCAUCCCAAAAUAUUAUCUUCAGACACUGUGUUACAGCGACACAGGGACACUUGCACAAGAAAUUCAAGAAAACGCAACUUUACAGCUCGGUCAUCAGCAGCAGGAAAGCAAUAAAAGCCAGAGCGUUCCUCAAUCCCUGGAAAAGCAAUUACCAGAUCCCAAUAGAGUGCUAGCUAUGUUGUUUAAUAUUCUUCAAGAGUACUCUCUGACGUGUUCGAUGCCCAAUGAAGUCAGCACGUUGUAUCGGCCGAUCUCAUCGAUCAAAUGUCAAUUCAUGAAAGACAUCAAUAACAACAUCGGUACAAAACUAAACAACGUUACAAUCGGCGCUGUACGAACUGGAUGUACUACAAAAAGAUCUUGUUCGAGUCCUUACAAUAAACAAGAAAAGUUGAAGAAAAAGUUGUUCUCCAAUGUAAAGAGGCAUAACAGAACGAUGAAGGUCGCCGAUAACAAUAGUUGCACUUGUAACAACUUAAUGAGCUGUAAUCAAGAUUCAAGUUGCGACCAACGUUGCUGUAGUUCCGUGAAACCGGUUACAUGCCAUAGUUCUGACAAUAAGGAAAUGCAUUGCGGAGUACGAAUAAUGGCAAAGAAAAACAAUACGAAUUCGAGUGAUUCGAAUUCAUCUUUCCAGAAUAUCGUGUUGGGUUCUGUAAACGAGAUGCACGUACCAAGAAGCUUCGGCUCUAUUAACAUUUCUCGUCAGUUGCAGAACGAAAUUAAUCCGUACAAAUCUUGCAAAGCUCCUGACUCUGUGCAGAAAGGAAACGAUGCAUCGUUACGCGACUACAUCAUGCAUCUGGAUAAAUGUCGAGGGCUCGUGAACGAUGUAACUGGGAUACCAGUGAAUGAAAUACUGGGCAACGUACAGAUCACGAGUCCGAUACGAUGUCGUACCAUGCACACAGCAUCGAAAUCCGAGACACAGAGAAUAGAAUCCUUCUGCAGUCUCGAUUGUCCAAACGACUGCAUCGACGCGCAGAGUACCCUUUCCGAUUCGUUUCCAUUAGUGAUCGCUGAAGGCCAGGGUCUCGUGGAGCUUCACAUCGUGUGUCUGCAGCUUUCAACGUCCAUCCUCUUCCGGGAGAAGAACAUCAGCGACGUGUCGUUAUUCGUGAGUUGGAACAUCUGGGAUCAAGAGACAGCCUACACGCCCACUCUGAAGUGUCCUAAGCUGAACUUCAAUUCAUCCUUCGUCUACCGAAUUCCAGACCUGUUCUCCUUCUUCAACUACAUUCUCCUAGAUUUCGUUACCUUCCAAGUAAACGUGUUUCACGAAGAUGGCGACAGCUACGUGGUAGCCAGGGGCAAGCUUUGCAUCAAAGAUAUAUUGGACUACCCUCAGAACAAGCUGCAUUACAUAGCCCCUGUGAAUAGCGUGAUCCCUUGCUCGGCUGGCAUGAAUUUUGGACAACUGUCUCUAUGGGUAAGGCUGAGCUGUGACAUCGAGAAGGUAGAAACGUUCAAGAAAAGACGUGGAAUGCAAGCGCAGUUGCCCAAGAACAAUCUGUCUCACCUGGAGGUGGUACCAAAAGUUACCAUCUCGUCGAGAGAUGAGUUAAUAGUGCUGAAAACCGAAGACUCGAAAGAUCCCAAUGCUUCUGCACCCGUUACGGAUGAGGCUUCUAAAAAGACACAGCAGUCUGCUUACAUGGACGAAUCAAGUGACACUUCUGAAGAAGUGUCCGUAUCUGCAAUCCCUCACAAGAAUUCUUUAACCGUGAUGAAAGCGAGCGAGGAAGAGCAUGAGAAUAUGCUGUCAAACUCCAAGUCCGAUGAGGCCAUCCGGACUGAACGCAGGUCCAUUUUCACGGGUACGAUCAAAUGGGAGGAAACGUCUGAUGAAAAUGCAGGGAACAAUUUUGUGGACAGAUUAAAGUCUACGGAUACUACAGAUAGCACGAAGAAGGAAACAGAGAGCAACUUGUCGAGACCAAGUGUGGUGGAAUUCACUGCAUUCGUGCACUCAGACGAAAAACCUAACGAAGUGACUCAGCCAAAGUCAAUGGAGUCGAUCCACGAGGUGUCCAACGUGAUCUCGGAGAAGAAUUGGGAGAAGUACAAGCAGCGAAAACCGGUCAUCGCAGAAAUUAACGCUGUCAACGCUAAAUCUGUGAACAAAGUCCUGCUUGAAAAAGACACGAUAACCAUCGAGAUCGUGAACUUGAUUUUGUUCCCGAAAAGCUACGUGAUGCAGAAUCCAGAAUACCAACUACUUUACAUCGAGUAUUGUUUCCUGGGCUACUGUGGCGCUGAUAUGGAGACAUGUUCGGUGAGGAAACCGCAGCCGCCGGAGCAGAAGCUGACAUAUAGAUUUAAGAAAAAGUUUUACAUAGACGAAGAGAAGCAUGCGUUGCAGAACAACAUCCUACGCGCGAUGCUGGAACAAUCUGCCAAUCCUAAUAUAAAGUUUAUUGUCGUUUGCGAACCACUUCCCGAGGAAACUGAUGUGAAAGAGUGCGUGGAAGUAGGGUAUGCCACUUUUAAUAUAAGAGACUACGCACUGGGGGAUAGCGAAAAGAUCGUGUCUCUUCCGGUUUUUGGCACGAGUGAGAACGAACAGAUUGGUCUUUUGAAGAUCUGCGUGUUAGGUCUCGAUACGAUUCGUCAGCGUCUAGGAAGACGUGAUUCGGUCAUGUAA